AUGGGGGCGAAGGAUGAAGCUUUGGAGGCUCUGAAGGAGGAGGCUAUGGAUUUGGAGAAUGUACCAAUGGAAGACGUUUUUGAAAAUUUAAGGUGCACAAGAGAUGGCCUCUCAUCUAAGGAUGCCCACAGAAGGCUUGAAAUCUUUGGUCAAAAUAAGCUUGAGGAAAAGGAGGAGAAUAAGAUUCUGAAGUUCUUGGGGUUUAUGUGGAACCCUCUUUCAUGGGUAAUGGAAGCUGCAGCUGUCAUGGCCAUUGCUCUGGCUAAUGGAGGAGGAAAACCACUGGAUUGGCAAGAUUUUGUUGGGAUUGUUACUCUUCUUGUAAUCAACUCUACCAUAAGUUUCAUCGAAGAGAACAAUGCUGGAAAUGCAGCUGCAGCUCUUAUGGCUCGCCUUGCUCCUAAAGCUAAGGUUCUUCGAGAUGGGAGAUGGACUGAAGAAGAUGCUGCCAUUCUCGUUCCUGGCGAUGUAGUAAGUAUAAAGCUCGGAGAUAUAAUUCCAGCUGAUGCUCGUCUCCUCGAAGGCGAUCCUUUAAAGAUAGAUCAGUCUGCGCUCACAGGAGAAUCCCUUCCUGCAACAAAAUGCCCCGGUGAUGGUGUUUAUUCGGGGUCCACUGUCAAACAAGGGGAGAUUGAAGCAGUGGUCAUUGCGACAGGCGUUCACACUUUCUUUGGCAAGGCUGCCCAUCUUGUAGACUCCACUAAUCAAGUGGGACAUUUUCAGAAGGUCUUAACUGCCAUUGGAAAUUUCUGCAUAUGUUCCAUUGCCUUGGGAAUGAUUGUUGAAGUCAUUGUAUUGUAUCCUAUACAACAUCGUGAUUAUCGUCCUGGAAUUGAUAAUCUGCUUGUGCUUCUUAUUGGAGGAAUUCCAAUUGCAAUGCCAACAGUUUUGUCUGUUACAAUGGCAAUUGGUUCCCACCGUUUAUCCCAACAGGGAGCCAUCACUAAAAGAAUGACGGCAAUUGAAGAAAUGGCAGGCAUGGAUGUGCUUUGCAGUGACAAAACUGGAACUUUAACAUUGAACAAACUGACUGUUGACAAAAAUCUUAUUGAGGUCUUCACUAAAGGAGUUGAUGUAGAUACUGUUGUUUUAAUGGCUGCCAGAGCCUCUCGGUUGGAAAACCAAGAUGCCAUUGACGCUGCAAUCGUGGGGAUGUUGGCUGAUCCUAAGGAGGCAAGGGCUGGAAUUCAAGUAGUUCAUUUCCUACCCUUCAACCCAACGGAUAAGCGCACAGCUUUGACAUACAUUGAUAGCGAAGGUAAAAUGCAUCGAGUCAGCAAAGGUGCCCCUGAACAGAUCUUGGGUCUUGCACACAACAAAUCAGAGAUACAGCGGCGGGUUCAUUCUGUGAUUGAUAAGUUUGCUGAGCGUGGAUUAAGAUCACUUGCAGUGGCACACCAGGAAGUUCCUGAAGGAAAGAAGGAGAGUCCGGGAGGUCCAUGGCAAUUUAUAGGACUCUUGCCUCUUUUUGAUCCACCCAGGCACGACAGUGCUGAGACAAUCAGAAGGGCUCUGAAUCUUGGGGUGAAUGUUAAGAUGAUUACUGGUGAUCAGCUAGCAAUAGCAAAGGAAACAGGGCGUCGUCUGGGAAUGGGUACCAACAUGUAUCCUUCAUCUUCUUUACUAGGAAAUAACAAAGACGAGUCAAUUGCUGCAUUGCCUGUUGAUGAGCUAAUUGAAAAGGCUGAUGGCUUUGCUGGUGUUUUUCCUGAGCACAAAUAUGAAAUUGUCAAACGUUUACAAGCUAUGAAACAUAUUUGCGGAAUGACUGGUGAUGGGGUCAAUGAUGCCCCUGCACUCAAGAAGGCUGACAUUGGAAUUGCUGUUGCUGAUGCAACUGAUGCUGCUCGUAGCGCUUCUGAUAUUGUCCUAACAGAACCUGGUCUAAGUGUGAUCAUUAGUGCUGUAUUGACCAGUCGGGCAAUCUUUCAGAGGAUGAAGAAUUACACAAUUUAUGCUGUUUCCAUUACAAUACGUAUCGUGCUUGGUUUUAUGUUACUUGCACUCAUAUGGAAGUUCGAUUUUCCUCCUUUUAUGGUUUUGAUAAUUGCCAUCCUCAACGAUGGUACCAUUAUGACAAUUUCAAAGGAUAGGGUGAAGCCAUCUCCUUUACCAGACAGCUGGAAAUUGUCGGAGAUAUUUACAACCGGAAUCGUUCUUGGAAGCUACUUAGCAAUGAUGACAGUCAUUUUCUUCUGGGCAGCAUAUGACACGAACUUUUUCCCCCGUGUGUUUGGGGUUCCAACUCUUGAGAAAACAGCUCAUGAUGACAAUAGAAAGCUAGCCUCAGCGGUAUACUUGCAAGUGAGUAUCAUCAGUCAAGCCCUCAUAUUCGUGACAAGAUCCCAAAGUUGGUCUUUCGUCGAGCGUCCGGGACUUCUUCUUGUGGGAGCAUUUCUCAUUGCUCAACUGAUUGCUACGCUUAUUGCAGUCUAUGCAAACUGGAGUUUUGCUGCAAUUGAAGGAAUUGGAUGGGGUUGGGCUGGGGUUAUAUGGCUUUAUAAUCUCAUAUUUUAUUUUCCCCUUGAUUUGAUCAAGUUCUUCAUCAGAUAUGUUUUGAGUGGGAGGGCUUGGGAUCUUAUUUUUGAGCAAAGGAUUGCCUUCACAAGGAAAAAGGACUUUGGAAAGGAAGAGCGCGAACUUAAGUGGGCACAUGCGCAGAGGACUCUCCAUGGGCUUCAUCCACCCGAGACACAUUUUGGUGAACGUAGUAAUAACAAAGAUCUUAAUCAAAUUGCUGAAGAGGCAAAACGACGAGCUGAGAUGGCAAGGCUGAGAGAGUUGCACACACUGAAAGGCCAUGUAGAAUCAGUUGUAAAACUAAAGAAUCUCGACAUAGACACAAUUCAGCAAUCAUAUACUGUUUGA